GCAUCUUUCAAACGUUGAUGCUCGCCUUUUAAAGUCAAUGUUUACGGGCGCUGUUAAAACCCGCAACGAUCUGCAGCAACAAUUAAAGACGUAUGCGUAUUUAAAACGCAACGAAUCCUUUGGAAACGAAGUCGAAAGGAAGAAAAUGAAACUACCAUCUCUAGUGAAGUGUCAUCACUGUGGGCGUCUUGGCCAUAAGAUUGCGGAUUGUCAAAAAAGGCGAACGGACGAGAGACAACGGACCACCUCAACUACAGGACAACAACAACGCGCAGUCAACAACAGGACCUGCUUCAAAUGUGGGGAGUUCGGGCACUAUGCUUCGGAAUGCCCACGUAAUCGACAUAAUCUCAAGGAAGUCGAGAUUAACAAAAGAGUAAACUUGGUGGCCAUAGAACCAAAGGGAGUUUUGAAACAAUUUGGAAAGUGUAGCAGCGAAGUUACAAGGAAAGCGUCAGUUUAGCACAGUGGUUUUAAGGGGCAUCGGAAACGAACCGGUGUGGAGCACAGUACAGAUAAUUUGUAAUGUUAAUAUAAACGAACAUUUUAUUGAAAUAUUGUUUCACGUUAUUAUGGAUACUUUUAUGAAUUUUGAUAUUCUUAUUGGAAGAGAUAUUUUAAGUCAAGGCUUCGGAGUCGUAAUUGAAGCAAAUAAAUUUGUUAUUUAUAAGCCUAAAAUGGUACAAGCACUGUCGUAUGAAUUAAAUCUGAAAAAUCGUUUUAAUUUUAAUAAAGAUUUAAGUGAGCUUGAUAAAGAAAAAUUAAGUGAAAUAUUAGAAAAAUAUUCCAAAUCAUUUAUAGAGGGCAUUCCACACACACGAGUAACAACAGGGCUGCUCAGCAUACGGCCCAUUGAUCCACAUAAGACUGUUCAGCGUCGCCCAUAUAGACUUAGUGAAGAAGAAAAGGCUAAUGUUAGGGAAAUGAUUAACGAAUUAUUGUCUGCAAAAGUUAUACGUCCU